UUCUAAGUUUAGGAACAAAUCUCCUGACUGGAAACGAGAGACUUAACUGUGAGCAACAUUUCACCGGUUCCAUCCUGGAAUGAGAGAGGGGUAUUUUCUGGGAUAUAUCACGAGCGAUUCCAAAUCAGCUUUGAGCCCAUAGCGUGCGUCAUUGCGCAGCGGCGCAUCAGCCCACAGUGGUUAACGGGAGUCCGCUGACGGAGCACACGCAGUUGUGUGUGCGGGCAUACGUUAGCGCGGAUCAGCAGGUGCUGUCUCUAACAGACGCUGGAUGGAAGUGGGAGCUUCAGCAGCGAUCUGAGGGACAUCCAUUACAUCACGGACUCAUUUCCAGCAUGCGCUGACUGACGCACGCGCGUUACAUGCUCGAGGCGACCGAUCGGAACAGGACCACGACAGAAGGGAAGGAGCGGGUCAGACCGACUGAAGCUGAAAGUGGAGCACAUGGAGGUGCUGUAGGACACAGAGCAGCAGCAGCAUCCUGGGACUCCACUAAGGAUGAUGAUUAUCUCCAGACAUGCAAGGAGUGUUCAGAUACUCAGUAUUUAUAACAACCGAGCUCCCCGGACUCGCCCCCGCUGUCCGAAGCCUGCACCAGCCGACCUGUAGCAGCAGCAGAACCUCCAGGCUGUGGGCCAGGGCCUCAGCACCACGCUGCAGCCUGCUGUCGUCGGUGAACUCAACCAGGCAUCGUCUCUCCUCUAGCAAUCAUGGCUUCCUCUGUCUCAGGAGGGACUGUGCUCACCAUCCUCCUCCUCAUUAGCAGGUUGUUGGAGAACUCGCUGCUCAGCGCUGAAGUGAAGGAAGGAGAGAUUCUGCCUCCCACCAUUCAGAGGCUGAUGAAAGGAUACAACAAGUACCUCCGGCCUUUUUUUGACAACGGGCCUGUGAGUGUGGGCAUGAGUUUGGACAUCGCCAGCAUCGACACCAUCUCAGAGAUCAACAUGGAUUACACGGCCACCAUAUUCCUGCGCCAGCGCUGGACGGAUGAGCGUCUGGUGUUUGAGGGCAACAAGAGCCUGAGCCUGGACGGGCGGCUGGUGGAACUCCUCUGGGUCCCAGACACGUUUAUCGUCGACUCCAAGAAGUCAUUUCUCCACGAUAUCACAGUGGAAAACAGACUGAUCCGAAUCUUCCCCAACGGGACCGUUCUUUAUGCUCUGAGGUGGGAUUGAACUCAGUGUUGGUUCGAUGCAUUUUUCUGUCACUGCAGAUAAUCAAAGUAGGUUUGCAGAGACAGGAAGAACAAGAAACAGAGGCUGAAUCUGGGAUGAUCUGGAUCACAAAUCCAGAAUGUGAAAAAUUUAAAGAGAAUUUUUGAAUGUUCUGAUUUCUGUCUUGACUUGUCGAUGCAGUUCUGUCAACUUUGGUGUGAAGGGAUACAGUUCUGGUUUGAGGUUCAUUUAAACAUAAAAGACAUUUCAAAAGGAAUUAAAUUAUUUAGACAACAACAGGAUGUGGUGAUGUAGAAAUGUCCUAAAAUC